AUGGCUCCACGCAACAAGUGCACGCUUCUGACGAUGGCCUUGUUCGUCGCCUUCGCCGCCGUUAUCCUGCAGCCAUCUGCGGCGAGCAGAGUCGUCGGAGGAGCCCUUGCCAGGGCCAUCGCCGCGGCAAACGCAGAUCCAGGAGCGGCGCCAUCCCCAGACGGUGACGACGGUGAUGGCGGCGGCGGCAUUCCACAGCUGCCGCCGCAGCCAAGGGAGUGCCGGCCAUGGUUGGCGCGGAUGAUGCCGUGCGCGGGCUUCCUCACCAACGCCACCGUGUACGCGCCCGAGGCCACCUGCUGCGACGGCUUCAACGCCAUGUUCACCUUGGACACGGUCACCUGCCUGUGCCACGUCGUGAACGGCGACAUCGGCCAGCUUCUGCCGGCGCCGAUGAGACAUAUGCGCAUGGUGGAGCUCUUCUCGCAGGAUGGCGAUGAUUAA